AUGGGGCCGUUUAGGAGCAACAGCCGCCGCCCACCCGCCGUCCUCGCGCUCGUUACAAUCACAUUCGCGACGCUCGCCGCGUCGCCAGCAUUCGCGGGGAAGAUCAGGCAGGUUUUCGCGUUCGGCGAUCAGGCAUUCGACACGGGCAUGAGCCGCUUCUUCAGCCAGUCCAUCUGGAAGGCCACCGCGCCGCCUUACGGCCAAGAUUGGGGCAAGAUAUCGGGCCGCUUCAGCAACGGUCGUCUCGUACUUGACUUUAUCACGUUCCGCCUGGGCCUGCCGAGCCUCUUCGCGUACCAUCGCAAGCCGCUCGUGUCGAAGCAGGGAACGAGCUUCGCGACUGCCGCGGCUGGCGCCCGAAACUGGGUGUAUGCAGGGAAGACUCGCAGUCUCCAAACCCAGAUAGCGUACAUGCAGGAGUACAAGGACAAGCGCAAGAACAACCCGCAAGUGAUGCUUGACCAAUCACUGAUUAUGAUCAGCGCGGGAACCAACGAUUACGUGCUGGCACUUCUCGGGCAGUCGGACGGGCAGAGCGUGGAGCAGGUGUUGUCUGCUACUACAGGAGCGAUAGUCAAAGCAGUGCAGGACCUCAAUGCAAUGACCAAGACCACCAAGAUCGUUGUAUUCGACGUUCCCCCCCUUGGGUGCAUCCCAGCCGUUCGUUACUUCAAGAAGACCCCUGCAGGGCAGUGUGACGCGGCAGCGAAUAAGAUAGCCGACCAGCACAACACGGGCGUGCGGGUGAAACUGGAGAAGCUGAGGAAGCAGGGGGUGACCAACCUGAUUCUGUUUAAACAGAGCACUGUGUAUCGAGUCAAGGGCACCACUGCAGGUGGCUUUAUUGACCAGACAUCUGUUUGCUGCGAGGGUAAAACACCCAGCGGAAAGCUGAUAGCAUGUGGGCAGACGGUGAAAGAGGGCGGCAAGAGCUACAGUGCAACCGCAUGCAAGGACCCGACUAAGUACGUGUGGUGGGACUGGUACAAUCCCACUGAGGCGUUUAACGAAGUGCUGUCGGGGAUUUUGUGGCACAGCAACAGUGUUUCAUAUGUGUCUCCGUUCGGACUUAAGGCUAUUGUUGACAAGUAG